CAUAGAUCUAUAAAGAGGAUUUGUAAAAAGCAAUCCGAAGCGAAGAGCUCCACUGAGCACAGCCAGGGUUGUUCACACCAAGAACGGAGAUACAGAGGAAGUUCUGACUGUUCCGUGUCUCCCGGGGUCUUCAGGGGUCCCCCCCCUCUACUAAAGAACAAGAAAAUGGGAUUCUCCACAAUCCUCGCUCUGUUGGUCACUGUCCUCCUCACCCUCCACUUUGUCCUAUCAUGGUGGAGACAGCACCGGCAGUACAGGUCACUGCCCCCCGGACCCACCCCACUGCCUUUCCUGGGAACCCUGAAGCAUAUGAAUCUGCGAAUUGCCGAUAAAAGCUUCACCUUGCUCAGCCAAAAGUACGGCUCGAUAUUCACCAUCUGGAAACUGGCGCAGCCGGUGGUGGUCCUCUGCGGUUACGAGACGGUGAAGGAUGCCCUGCUGAACCACGCCGAGGAGUUUAGUGACCGUCCAUUCAUACCCACGCUGGUCAUCCCCAGCAAAGGAUACAAUAUCGCUGGCCCCCGAUGGCGUCCUCUGCGCCGAUUCACCAUCUCCUCCCUGAGGAAUUUCGGGAUGGGGAAGAAGACCAUGGAAUCCCGUGUGCUCGAGGAGGCGACUUAUCUCACCCGGGCAGCUUCCGAGACAGAAGGAAAACUAUUCAAUCCGCUAUUGAUCCUGGCCAGCGCUGUUGGGAAUAUUAUGAGUUCGGUGUUGUUUGGAGAACAUUUUAACUACAAAGACCAGAAGUUACAUGAUCUGAUGUCUUACUCCUCCCGACACAUUAGGAAUAUUAUGUCCCCGUUGCACAUGAUCUGCAACGUCUUCCCAUUCCUCCUCAAGCUGCCAUUCUUACCGAAGAUUGUCUUCAAGGAAAACUCCUACCUGGACAACUUUGUCCUGGAUUACAUGAAGGAGCACAAACGCACCCUGAAGCCCGAGGCCCCCCGGGAUUUCAUUGAUUAUUUUCUGCUGAAGAUGAAAGAGGUGGAGCAUGAAGAGGACCCGGAUUUCUGCGAUAUAAGCCUGCAGGCCAUGUUGGUGAGUCUGAUAUCGGCAGGCUCGGAGACCACGGCUUCCACCCUGAAAUUCUGCGUGGUCUUCUUGGCCCACUAUUCUGAUGCCCAGGCGAAAGUCCAACAGGAAAUUGAUGAGGUGACCCAGUCACUGCGCCCCCCGACGAUCGAAGACCGACUACGACUGCCGUACACCAAUGCCGUCAUCCAUGAAAUACAGAGAGUUCUAGACCUGGCUUCAACUGCCGUCUUCCACGCUGUGACCAAAGACAUCCAAUUCCAUGGAUACAACAUCCCAAAGGGCACCAUCAUCAUCCCGUUCCUGACAUCGGUGCUUAAUGACCCCUCUCAGUGGGACACCCCGGAACAGUUCAACCCCGGGCACUUCCUGGAUGAGGAGGGCCAGUUCCGCAAUCGGGUGGCCUUCAUGCCCUUCUCAGCCGGAAAGCGAGUUUGUGCCGGAGAGAAUUUGGCCCGAAUGGAGCUCUUCAUUCUCCUCUCUGCUCUGCUUCAGAAAUUCACCUUCAAGUUGCCCCCGGGAGCUGAGCGGCGGGACUCCAAAUGGCUGAAUGCCAAUAAACGUGACAUUAUCGCUAAUGCCCAGCUUUGUUUCGUGCCCCGAGCAUUACCCACCAAGUAACCUGUAUCAUCCCCAAUGAGGAGUUGCUGUAGGGGAACCCCUAAAAAUCCAAACUGUGAAUGGUGCGAUAUAUUCAUCAAGCUUAUCAAUAAUUCAGGCAAAUAUGGAGAGAAAGAGAGAAGGAAAGUAUAGGUUGUAUACGUGUAAUACAAAGUUUCGUUUUACUAGCCUUAGUCAACCAAGGUUUGUCCAGGGGUCACGGGGGUUUCCUUGAGUAGAGAGCAUUGGCAGUUUGAUCUUUCAGUUGAUUGGCACCUACAUUGUUGUGACAUCAUUGUCCUUUAGCAGAGCUAAUGGCAUGGCUCCAGUGGAACCUCCCUUCUCAUCUUUCUGGUACCCAUGAACACUGGUUUCCACCCAGACCCAUGAACACUGGUUUCCACCCAGACCCAUGAACACUGGUUCCCACCGACACCCAUGAACACUGGUUCCCACCGACACCCAUGAACACUGGUUCCCACCCAGACCCAUGAACACUGGUUCCCACCCAGACCCAUGAACACUGGUUCCCACCCAGACCCAUGAACAUUGGUUCCCACCCAGACCC